GCACUGGCACAGUAUGGCCAAAACCCCAACCCAUUCCGUUCCGCUCACCACUGUUUGAGCUUCCCCUCCUAGCCCCUUUGCCCACCCGCCGGAUCCCGUCGAACCAAACCCUAGCGACCGCUCGCCACCCGGGACGGCUCGCCGUCGUCGCCAUGCCCCGCCGCAGCCAGAGCAGUGCCCCCAUCGACCUCGAUGAAGAGGAUGAGUGCAAGACCAAGCGUUCUCGAGCGAGUAUAAGGCCAGCACCGAAGGUGCCUGGGAGCUCAAAUCGCAUUGCAAGUAGCAGAAGGGACAAGGAAAAUCAAGACAAACUGGAUACCCGUAUCUUCGAUUUAUACAUGGAGAACCUUUGGAAGCGUACAGAUGAAGAUCAAAAGAAUGCUUGCGCAUAUUUGGAUCCGUUAUGGUUUAACAGUUACGUCAAUGGGGACAAAGAACAGAAAUCAAGAAUUCUUAGAUGGACAAAGAAAUUGAAAAUAUUUUCAAGAAAAUGUGUGUUUGUCCCUAUUGUUCGUUGGGGACAUUGGAACCUCCUUGUCCUAUGCCACUUUGAUGAGACAGACUGCUCAGAUGCAAAAAAAGGACCGCGAAUGCUGCUGCUGGAUUCACUUAACACAACAGAUCCGAAGAGGUUGGCACCUGAAAUCAGAGGAUUCAUUCGUGGUAUUUAUGAAAUCGAAGAGCGGGAAGAAAGCGUGCACUUCAUAAAAAAAAUCCGUCUUGAGUUUCCUAAGGUGCCACAGCAAAAUGGGGAGGAAUGUGGUAUAUAUGUUCUUUACUUCAUCCAUUGUUUUCUUCAAAACGGAAAAUUGGCACAAGUUCUUGAGAAUAAAACACUGGAAGAAGAUUUCAGCCAGCUGGUGUGUCAUACUGUCAUGCAUUUCCAUCUUCUUACCACUCCCUUGUUCUACUUAACAAAUGCUUCUCUAAUUUGUUGGUCUAUGAAUAGUUUGAUGAUGGCACGUUUGAUCCAGAGGAACUAGAGAACUUCCGCAAGGAUGUUCAUGCAUUCCAAGUGGAAAGGAGUACCGAAACUGGACAGUAGGUGGAUGGUAGCAUUGUGCUGCAUAUAUGUAGUUAGUUAUUAUAACGCAGUGGAAAAUUUCAUCUUCGCUGGUGGCGAAUUCUGAGGAACUUUGAAGGUCGUGGAGAAGCUGGUGGUAAUAUACAGCUUAUGCAGCCGAGAGAAAGCCGACUCCAUGGAGUUUCGUGGCAGUUAGCAGGUGUUAUAUGAUCUGUAUUGGAUUCUAGAAUUGUUGUGUAUCCAUCUUUGUAUGAUACCAUGAGAGUUAUCUACUUUAUGGACUGGAAUGAUCUCAA